AUGCCGACACCUACAAAGAACAGGUCGCAUUUCAUCGAGCCGGCUUCGAGCCAGGCAGCUCUUGUGUCAGAGACCUCUAACGACAAGACCUUCGACAGCAACAUGGAUCGGUCGACCACCCAAGCCGAGCAGAGACAAUCUAUCGCAGACCAGCCCGCCGAGUCUGACACUCAGAACCCAGGAGAACCCGUGUUCAUGUGUGGUUUUGGACUGGAGAGAGAUGACCAGGAGCUUUCUGGUGCGGCGAAGAAGUUCCAGGCAGAACGCGAAAAUUCGAGGACAGAAUGCGAGAAAGUCCCCGGAGGAUAUCCCACAGACUCGGAUGCGCCCGCGAACCAAGACGCGGAUUUCCGGUUGCAUAGACGCUCAUCAACCGAAUUCAUGAAGGUUCCGAGCGAAGAGGUCGACACCAUGGAACGGACAGCUCAACGGUCCGGGGAAGCUCCAAAUGGAUGUCAGUCUGACAAAGCUUCAAGUGGUUCUCAGUUCGAGCCUCAAGCUCAGUCUGAACCUCAAGAGCCGCAUUCAACACCGAUCGAUAUACGAAAGGACGGGAGCCAGAAGCCGCAGGCUAAGUUGUGGCAGAAGCCUGAAGCUGAGGAUUCGUCCCCGCGACUCUGGAAAUCUCCCAAGUAG